CAUGGGAAGGUAUUUUAAUCACGAAAAUCCAUCCCCCACUGGCCACUACUAAUAUUCUAAUAACUCCCAUACAUACGGCCAUGUAUCGACAAGCGUACGACCCUUCCCUUCCCUUCCCUUCUCAUCUCUCUCUUGCAUGGCCUCCUCUCUUCGCUUCUCUUCUCUUUCUCUUCUCUCUUCUUUAUAUAUACCUUCCCUUCAAACAAACCAGAAUAUUAGAAGAAGAAAAUACCCCCUUUUCUCUCUUUCUCUCUCAACCGUACAUCGCCACUGGAUGGCUUCUCCGGGUUAGAAGAAAUAUGAUGUUGAAGGAAGGAGCAAGAGGGAGGAGAGAUUAUGUUCGCGAUGUUCGUGAUCUUUGAUGGUUGCUGAUAUUCGUAGUCAGGAUCCGAGGAGUUGGAAGGGAUCGAAAGGCUUGUUUUUUUUUUUAUUUCCUUUUUCUUCUUCUUCUUGGAAUAGUUGGUGAUUUGCGGAGACCAUGAUGCAUAGUCAAAAUGCUGGUUCCUUGGACACUGUCGAACCUCAGGAUGCAGAUUAUUCCUAUGUCCCGUCUCUCAGCGAUGAUCUUGCGCUGCUGAUCUUGGCUCGGGUCCCACUUUCAGAGCACGCAAAGCUCUGCUUCGUGAACCAGCGUUAUCUUAGUUUGUUGAGGAACGGGGAGUUGUACAAGAUCCGGAAAGAGAUGGGAAUCAGAGAGCCAUCGGUAUUCUUGCUAGCAAGUGGGGAGUCCCGUUGGCGAGCUCUUGAUCCCCGCCUUGGCUCUUGCAGGGAUCUUCCUGAGUUGCCUUCCGAUUGGUGCUUUACAUCUGGGGACAAGGAGUCUUUCUGUGUGGGAACUCACCUUUUAGUUUCGGGUAGGGAGCUUGAAGGAUUGGUCAUCUGGCGAUAUGAAUUGUUGGCAAACAGAUGGUUCAGGGGCCCACCGAUGAUUGGCCCAAGAUGCUUGUUUGCUUCUGCCAGCUGCGGUGACUUUGCUUGUGUAGCAGGUGGAAUUAGGAGUGAAGGAUUAAGGGCAAUAGAGGUCUUGAAUUCAGCUGAGAAAUAUAACCCACAUACGAGAUCGUGGGAACUGCUUCCUAAUAUGCUCCGUCAGAGGAAGAUGUGCUCUGGAUGUUACAUGGAUGGUAAGUUCUAUGUGAUUGGUGGGGUGGACGAGCGUAACAGAGACCUCACAUGUGGUGAAUUUUACGACAUGGAAAGGAAUGUGUGGGACCUGGUUCCUGAUAUGAUAAAUGUCACCCCAGGUUUUGCUCGAUCACCCCCACUUGUUGCUGUUGUGAAUAACGAGCUUUAUUUGCUUGAUGCACCUUCAAACCAGCUGAAGGUGUAUUUGAAAGGAAGCAAUUCAUGGAGGGAGUUAGGACCUGUGCCAGUGAGAGCAGACGAUAGAGGAGGUUGGGGAGUGGCAUUCAAGUCCUUGGGCAAUGAGCUACUUGUCAUGGGCAGUGCACAGAAUGCUCCCGGAAUCCGUGUGAUGACCAUAUGUACUUGCUGCCCCAAUCCAGGUUCCAACAAUUUGCAAUGGCAGGUUCGUAGAAGCAACGGUCAUCAUUCAAGCCCCUUCGUUUUCAAUUGUUCGGUGAUGGUAGCUUGAACUUGAAUUUUGACCCUUGAUUAAGCUUUUGUGGAAAUGCCUCCCCACAAGGGUUCUAGAAUAAAAGCUCACUUGGUAG